UUUUAUUAUUGGUGUGACGUUAUUAGUCAUAUUACAUAAACAAUGAUCUUUAACGAUUACAGAUGUGCAUUGGCCCAACACCUUGGUCCAUUCACGUGGCCUGACUGAAACAGGUAUCAGGAAGCCCUGCUGGUCAAGUUAUGCGCUGCUUUCACAGGUUCCACCACCAAAGAUGGCGUUCCCCAGGCACGGUGGCGGACUGUACUGGAAAAGUACAAUUUAAUUCGGAAGAUGGUCUUCAACAGUCAGCGUGUGAUUCAAGACACACGCAUUCAGCUGGCAGAUAUAAACCAGGGUACCUUGACAGCUUGGGACUCGCCCUUCAGAUGGUUCCACUGGUAGCACCUGAGUCUCCGCCAGCGCCCAUGAAAAGGCCAGUUGCCUUGGAGAUGGGAACAACUGACCCACACAAGUUCCCCAUCCAGAGCAGCACUAAAGGUGAGCUAACCAGAGUGCGAAGAAGAAUUCUUCCACCAGAAGUGUGCAAGCCAGAAGUGCCAGUGCCAAUUGCACCAGCACCAACUGUGCAAUUUGUGACUGCUCCCGCCCCUGACCUGGCACCGACAUCGUCAAUUUCAGCCCCAGCUGAACCUCACCUGCCGUACUCAACCAAGCACUACAGGAAGAGGAAGCUGGAGGCUGAGCAUGCAGGGGAGUUCCGGAGACAGUACAACAAGAAGCUGUCAUACCGCAGCUGCAAUAAAUGUUUCGAGGACAGGAACACAGGAGGACAUAAACAGUAUUACUGACAUCGGUGGUGUCCCUUUAAGUCCUCGGAAAUUAUGAGGAGUUGAUAAAUGCCCUUAAGGUGAAGGGCUAUGGAAAAAAGAAAACUGAAUAAAUUAAAACAUGAACAGUUAGACAAACAUCACAUUUUUCAAUAUCUGGACUAAAUAACGUUCUCACACAGUGCUUUUUGACUAUUUACAACAAAAGGGUUAACAUCAACUAAAGUAACAAUGAAAAAAACAUUCUGAAUGCUGCCUAGCUUUUAUUAUGCCUCCCUUCGAAGAAGAGGGGGUAUAUUGCUUUGCUCAUGUCGGUCAGUCGGUCGGUAGGUCGGUCGGUCGGUCCGUCCGUCCACCAGGUGGUUGUCAGACGAUAACUCAAGAACGCUUGGGCCUAGGAUCAUGAAACUUCAUAGGUACAUUGAUCAUGACUUGCAGAUGACCCCUAUUGAUUUUGAGGUCACUAGGUCAAAGGUCAAGGUCACGGUGACCUGAAAUAGUAAAAUGGUUUCCGGAUGAUAACUCAAGAACGCAUACGCCUAGGAUCAUGAAACUUCAUGGGUAGAUUGAUCAUGACUCGCAGAUGACCCCUAUUGAUUUUGAGGUCACUAGGUCAAAGGUCAAGGUCACAGUGACCCGAAAUAGUAAAAUGAUUUUUGGAUGAUAAUUCAAGAACGCAUAUGACUAGGAUCAUGAGACUUUAUAGGUAGAUUGAUCAUGACUCGCAGAUGACCCCUAUUGAUUUUCAGAUCACUAGGUCAAAGGUCACGGUGACCAGAAAUAGUAAAAUGAUUUUCGGAUGAUAACUCAAGAACGCAUAUGCCUAGGAUCAUGAAACUUCAUAGGUAGAUUGAUCAUGACUCGCAGAUGACCCCUAUUGAUUUUUAGGUCACUAGGUCAAAGGUCAAGGUCACGGUGACCCGAAAUAGUAAAAUGAUUUUCGGAUGAUAACUCAAGAACGCUUUUGCCUAGGAUCAUGACACUUCAUAGGUACAUUGAUCGUGACUUGCAGAUGACCCCUAUUGAUUUUCAGGUCACUAGGUCAAAGGUCAAGGUCACAGUGACAAAAGUCGUAUUCACACAAUGGCUGCCAGUACAACGACAGCCCAUAUGGAGGGCAUGCAUGUUUUACAAACAGCCCUUGUUAAGUAUUACUCACUGAUUUAUGCAUUUGUGUUUUGCUUAUAUAAAAGCUAGAAGAGUCCAACCUUUAUGGUACAUGUCACAAAUGAAGUGACAACUGCCUUGAAAAGCAGAGGGAAAAUGAUUUGUGUUUAUUAAGCUUAAAAACAUGCAUUUAGACUUUCUUGUAUCAAUACCUUUGUAAUUAUGCCCCCCUUCGAAGAAGAGGGGGUAUAUUGCUUUGCACAUGUCCGUCGGUCUGUCGGUCCGUCCACCAGGUGGUUUCUGGAUGAUAACUCAAAAACGCUUGGGCCUAGGAUCAGGAAACUUCAUAGGUACUUUGAUCAUGACUCGCAGAUGACCCCUAUUGAUUUUGAGGUCACUAGGUCAAAGGUCAAGGUCACAGUGACCCAAAAUAGUAAAAUGGUUUCCGGAUGAUAACUCAAGAACGCUUAGGCCUAGGAUCAUGAAACUUGAUAGGUAGAUUGAUCAUGACUCGCAGAUGACCCCUAUUGAUUUUCAGGUCACUAGGUCAAAGGUCAAGGUCACAGUGACCAGAAAUAGUAAAAUGGUUUCCGGAUGAUAACUCAAGAACGCUUGCGCCUAGGAUCAUGAAACUUGGUAGGUAGAUUGAUAAUGGCUGGCAGAUGACCCCUAUUGAUUUUGAGGUCACUAGGUCAAAGGUCAAGGUCAUGGUGACCCAAAAUAGUAAAAUGGUUUCCGGAUGAUAACUCAAGAACGCUUAUGCCUAGGAUCAUGAAACUUCAAAGGUACAUUGAUCAUGACUCGCAGAUGACCCCUAUUGAUUUUCAGGUCACUAGGUCAAAGGUCAAGGUCACAGUGACCAGAAAUAGUAAAAUGGUUUCCGGAUGAUAACUCAAGAACGCUUGCGCCUAGGAUCAUGAAACUUUGUAGGUAGAUUGAUCAUGACUCGCAGAUUAUCCCUAUUGAUUUUCAGGUCACUAGGUGAAAGAUCAAGGUCACGGUGACCCGAAAUAGUAAAAUGGUUUCCAGAUGACAACUCAAGAACGCUUAUGGCUAGGAUCAUGAAACUUCAUAGGUACAUUGAUCAUGACUGGCAGAUGACCCCUAUUGAUUUUCAGGUCACCAGGUCAAAGGUCAAGGUCACAGUGACAAAAAACAUAUUCACACAAUGGCUGUCACUACAACGGAGAGCCCAUAUCGGGGGCAUGCAUGUUUUACAGACAGCCCUUGUUAUUUAAUAAAGUUGACAUAUACUUGUAAUUAAUAUUGCUGUUAAUGGGAACA